CAGAGUGAAAUGCUAAUGUGCGUGUUUCUCCCACUUUCAACAGUCCUGGUGAUCUGCGGUUCGCCUGCCAACGUGCGCCAGAUCAUGCUGGCGGCCGCCGAGCUCAAAAUGGACUCCGGGGACUACGCCUUCUUCAACGUCGAGAUCUUCACCGGCACAUCUUCGAACUUCAAGCCGUGGUACAAUGAGAGCGACACCGACGAGAGGAACGAGAUGGCAAAGAAGGCGUACCAGUCCGUGUUGAUGGUGACGGCCCGCAGCCCCAGCAGCGACCGCUACCGCAACUUCUCAACCCAGGUUAAGAAGAUAGCUCGGGAGGAGUUCGAAUACUCAGCCUACGAAGACGAUACCGUGAACGCGUACGUGGCAGGCUUCUUCGAGGGGCUGUUGGUGUACGCGGCGGCGCUCAACACGACGCUGAAAGAGAACGGCUCCAUCAGGGACGGCCGACACAUCAUCAAGAACAUGUGGAACAGAACCUUUGGAUCUGACGUGGUGCCGCCGUGGUUCAGCAGCAACAUCUCCAUCGACGGUAAUGGCGACAGGAAGGCUGACUACACGCUGCUCGACAUGAACCCCGAAUCGGGCAUCUUUGAGCCGGUGGCGACCUACCACGGCGAGAGAGAGAGCCUGGAGCUAACAGGCAACAUUUCAUGGCCAGGAGGCAGCCCGCCCAAGGACAGGCCCCGCUGCGGCUUCGACAACUCGCUGUGUCCUGAGCCCACGGGGCCGUGGAGCAUUGUAGCGGGACUACUGGCGCUGCUGGUUGUGGCCAUGGGCGGCGCUAGUGUCUUCAUAUACAGGCACUACAAGCUGGAGGCGGACCUGGCCUCCAUGACGUGGCGCGUGUCGUGGGAGGACGUGGAGAUCAUCGACAACAACAAGCACGGGAAGUGCGGCUCCAGGAUCUCCGUGGGCAAGAUUAGCGUCAAUACUAUUGGGUCUAUGGACUCCAUGGUCGAGAACCGCCAGGUGUUCAUCCGGACGGGCCGGUACAAGAAGACGGGCCUCUUUAGCCAGGGCGUCACGGUGGCCAUCAAGAAGCUGAACAAGGACCGCGUGGACCUAGCCAGGCCGAUGCUCAUUCAACUCAAGCGGAUGAAGGACCUGCAGUACGAGCAUUUGGUGAGGUUCAUCGGGGUGUGUGUGGACCCCAAGCCAUACUGCGCCUUCUUCACCGAGUACUGCCCCAAAGGAUCCCUGCAAGACCUCCUCGAGAACGACGACGUGCAGCUCGACUCCAUGUUCAAGAUGUCCCUCAUGCACGACAUUGUGAAGGGCAUGGCCUUCCUGCACUCCAGCGAGCUGCGGACCCACGGCAACCUCAAGUCUAGCAACUGUGUAGUGGACUCCCGCUUCGUCCUCAAACUCACCGACUUUGGACUUCACAGCCUCAGGGAGAGGGAGGGUCAGUCCCCGGACCACCACGUGUACUGGAAAAGGAAGCUCUGGACGGCCCCGGAGAUCCUGCGUCACCCGGACCCGCCCGCCGAAGGGACGCAGAAGGCGGACGUGUACUCCUUCGCCGUCAUCGUCCACGAGAUCAUCUACAGAAUGGGCGCCUUCUACGUCAAGAACGAGGCCAUGUCCGCGCAACAGAUCGUGGAGAACGUGAAGAACGGCGGCACCCCCCCGUUCCGGCCCAGCACGGAGGACGAGGUGGCGGAGGAGGAGGUGAUGCAGAUGAUGAAGAAGUGCUGGGCCGAGGAGCACAUGGAGCGGCCCGACUUCCAGCAGCUCAAGACCAUCAUUCGGCGACUCAAUAAGGACAACGAGUCGGGCAACAUCCUGGACAACCUCCUCUCCCGCAUGGAGCAGUACGCCAACAACCUGGAGGCGCUGGUGCAGGAGCGGACGGCAGACUACCUCGAGGAGAAACGUCGCUGCGAGGAAUUAUUGUAUCAGCUGCUGCCCAGGUCGGUGGCCAGCCAGCUGAUCCAAGGCAAGGGUAUGGUGGCCGAGACCUUCGACUGUGUCACCAUCUACUUCAGCGAUAUUGUCGGGUUCACGGCGCUCUCCGCCCAGUCGACGCCGAUGGAGGUGGUGACCCUCCUCAACGACCUCUACACAAAAUUCGAUGACAUUAUUGAGGAAUUCGACGUGUACAAGGUGGAGACCAUUGGUGACGCCUACAUGGUGGUGUCGGGGCUGCCUGUGAGGAACGGCACCACACACACGCGGGAGAUCGCCAGGAUGUCCCUUGCGUUGCUGGAGGCGGUGAAAACCUUCAAAAUCCGCCACCGGCCAGAAGACAGUCUGAAGCUGAGGAUCGGGCUACACACGGGCCCCUGCGUCGCCGGCGUGGUGGGGCUCAAGAUGCCGCGCUACUGCCUCUUCGGCGACACCGUCAACACCGCCUCAAGAAUGGAGAGCAAUGGACUGCCUCUGAGGAUCCACGUGUCGCACUACACCCAGAAGCUGCUGGCCGAGCACUACCCGUCCUUCGAGCUGGAGCAUCGCGGAGAGGUCGACAUGAAGGGCAAAGGAAAGAUGCAGACCUACUGGCUGAAUGGAGAGCAUACUUCUGGAGCCUAAGGCGCGCCACCUGUCCCCCUCCCCCUUCACAAUCAUUCCAACGUCCAGCAGGCCACCGCCUCCGGGCAGACGCGCUGUCGUUCUAGGCCGCAGCACCCCCUCCCCCCCCGAGAAGCCCAUCAUCGUGAGGUGGAUGGACGAAAGGACUCUUCCCUCCAGCCUCCAGGGGCCGCGACGCUGCCCUCACGCCUUGCUCCUGAGCGCUCUCCUCAACUCGGACUCACCCACCGACAGCUUGCAGGAUGUUCAUAGCCUUGCGUACCUCUCGUCUAGUCGUGGCGCAUCAGUAAUUGAUCCAUUAAGUUACUGAGUAUUAUUACGUAAAAUAAUGGAUGAUGACAGUUUUGUUUCAGACUCUGUGAAGCCAAAGUAAACACUCAACCGGAUGUGGUAGCAUUUUACUCUGUGUCGCCAUAGUUUGAUCACUUUAGUUACGCCGACUAUCGUAAUCAGUGAAGUAUUUAUUGAAUAACAACUGGACAAUGCAGAGACUCCUUCCAGUGUGCUGCCCCCUGGAGAAGCCACUGAGCCAAGUAAAGGGGUUCGGGCCAGUGUGGGGCACCGUGUUGGGGCGACGACGAGCUGCAGCGCGGCUCUCUGGUUCCCUGGGCCCGCGUGGAUGCCGUGCCCGCCUCGAGCCCGCCAGCACCACGCCAGGACCAGGCAGCCCGCCCCACCAGCAGCACUAACCUUCUUGCUAUCAACCCAAGAUAUUUCAGAGGAGUGACCGACGGAGUGUGAGUUUUUUGUUCCAUCAAGACAUAUUUGUCUGCUAAUUUAACGAGUGCAUCAGUGGCUCCGUCGCUAUGAAGCUUUCGAAUUAAACACCUCAUGAAGGGACUGAAGUGGAGUUUGUUUUGUCUAAGCGUUUGUGUAGGUCGGUUGUACUUGGUGUCGCUGGUUCGUGGUGUGUGUCAGGGAUCGAAGUUCACUCAGUGUUGAUAUGUUUGCAAGCCUGAACUGUUCAGUUUCAGUCGUUCAUUUUAAUAAGUGGUAACUGUAGGUAUGUAAGGAACUUUUUUUUGCUAACGUGUUCACUGUAGUUAGGCUUGACAGCCAAUGUUAAGUCCCGUCUUAAGAUGCUGUUUAUGUAUAUUUAAUGUGUGUGUGGUCAGCUACACUUCAUUUGUGUUUGUUUUUUCGAUCAAAUGGAAGCUAAUUUGACACAGCACACGAGUCCCCUUAGUUGUUUCGUCCGACGUCCAGCAGCGCCACCUGCUCCGCCAAUUCAGCGAUGCGCCUCGUUGCUGGAGGUGGCGUGCGCCGCCCAGCCUCACAUCGAGCCGGUGCGGCUGGCUGCCGUCUGGACCAAGUGCGUUGUGCUGUUCUCAAUGGAUAUGCCUUUCCUGCCUCCCCUUCCCUUUCCGCCCUGUGACCAUCUUCCUCAGCCCUUAGCGUUUCUGUCUUUCCCUUGUAUUCUGCUCCUCACGUAACUCCUCUUUACUCCCUGCUGGCCCUGCAUCUGGAUAAGUUUCCUCAGUUUCCACUCUGUCGACCGCCCUCCCGAGCCUCGCCAUCGCCCCUCAGAGCACAAGCAACCCCCCGCUGGCCCUCGGGUCCCGCGCCCAACCCUGGAAGCAGCCCUUCAGCCGGCACUUACCGACAUGUUUCAUGAGAAACCAACAUCUGCGAGACCUUUCUUCUCGCGGCAGAUGUUAGACAUUCUUGAAGAAGAAUACAAAAUGUAGUAAAGUACGAAUUCAAUUAAAUCAAUAGUCUUAAUAUCUUAAAAUUGUAUUUGGACAUUUAAGUCAUUGUAUAAUUUAUGUAAGUGUAUUCCUUAUGAUGAAUUUAGUUUCUUGCUAUUUAGCAAACUUCAUCGUAUCAGUAUAGUAUUUAUGUUAUGUAUAGAGAAUAUGAAGUUUGUUCCAUAACAGAUACGUAGGUGUUGUAUUAAUGGAUCUUUUCGCAUCACCACAAGAUGGGGGCGAAGCCCCACGCCAGGCCGUGCGUGACUGCCCAAGACACUAACUCACCUACUCGACGCCACAGUCCUUCGGCGCCGCCCCGGCCGCCGCGCAGCCCCUCCCUUCCCUCCUGCAGCCACUCAGGAGUGCACGCCAGCAAGAUAUAUUUUCUCGCGGCUGAAUUUAUCUUCAACUUUCACCUAGUAUCUUUCAGAAAUUUGGCUGCAAUGUAUUUUACCAAUAAAUAUAUGAUAUAAUUAUGAUAAAGACAUGGAAUGAUAAUUAUAUGUGAAUAAUAUUGUACAAACGCUCGUGUUUUCGUAGACAAGAAAAUAUAUUUCCACGGAAUUCUCUUCACCGCCCUAUUAGAUGAUUCAUGUUCAGUGUUGGCCUAGCCGAGGCGUCAGUGUAUAACCGCUGAUAUUGUUUAGCCUAAGAAAUUAUACUUUGUAGAGCUGCCAAAUAGUGAAAAUGUAGCAGAGUCGACGGCUGCCCUGUACACCUACACACACAGAGGGUGGAGUAAAGUCUGACGGACAGGCGGCCAUUGUUACAUGAUUUCACAGGUGGUCAGCGGGCGGAGUGGGCAGGCAUGGCAUGCCCUGUGCAUCCCGCCAGUCCUCCGUGCGCUGACGCCACCCGUGGCGAGGCCUUUCUAUCAAAUUUGCUCCUGAGCCCCACCCUACGGGACGUGUGUGUGUAAGUCAACGGUCUGACGAAACAAGCGGCCCCAGCGGCAAAAGGUCAUGGUUUUCCCGAAAAGCGAGGGUGUGCGGGCCUCCGCGGCCGCGCCACCCCCCUGGGCUCCUGCCGGCCGGGCACCGUGCAGGCCCUGCGUCUUGUAAGUAUGAAGAACAUGGCGCGUAUUCAGUAUGCCCAAAUAAAUUAUUGUGAACAGA